AUGACACAGAGACAACUUUUAGUUUAUAACUUUUUUUCCAGAAGACUUAAGGUUAUUGGCGGCAGUGGAACACUACCAGGAGCCAAACCACUAAAACCCCCAGGCAUUGGAGGUGGAGCCAUUGCUGGACGUGGAGAUACUCCGGGCACUAUUGAAGGAGGACCUGGAAGUGUAGGUGGUGGUCCAGGCGGGGUUGGUGGUGGUCCAGGUGGAGUUGGUGGAGUUCCAGGGGGAGUUGGUGGAGUUCCAGGAGGAGUUGGUGGAGUUCCAGGGGGAGUUGGUGGAGUUCCAGGGGGAGUUGGUGCAGUUCCAGGGGGAGUUGGUGGAGUUCCAGGAGGAGUUGGUGGAGUUCCAGGGGGAGUUGGUGGAGUUCCAGGGGGAGUUGGUGCAGUUCCAGGGGGAGUUGGUGGAGUUCCAGGAGGAGUUGGUGGAGUUCCAGGGGGAGUUGGUGGAGUUCCAGGGGGAGUUGGUGCAGUUCCAGGGGGAGUUGGUGGAGUUCCAGGAGGAGUUGGUGGAGUUCCAGGGGGAGUUGGUGGAGUUCCAGGGGGAGUUGGUGGAGUUCCAGGGGGAAUUGGUGGAGGUCCAGGAGGAGUUGUUGGAGUUACAGGUGCAGUUGGAGGAGGUCCAGGAGGAAUUGGGGGAGGUGUUAAACCCCCUAAAGUUUAUAGCAGUACAGGUGGAACUGGAGCUCUUGGAGUUGGAGUUGGAGGUGUAGGUGGAACGGGUCCAGCUGGAGCGGGAGGAGUUGGACUUCUGCCUGGAGGUGGUGGUUUACUACCAGGAGGUUAUGGAGGAGCAGGAGGUUUAGGAGCUGGUGGGAUCCAACCAGGGACUGGCUUCAGGUUCCCCAGUGGGGCUGCAGUGGGCAGCAAACAAGGAAAAGUUUAUGGGGCAGCAGGCACACUUGGUGGGCUUGGAGGCCCAGGCGAAUAUGGACCAGGACCCUUUGGCUAUGGAGGUGGUCCAGGUGGUUAUGGUGGUGGCCCAGGCAGUGCUGGUGGACUUGGAGGGUCUGGAAUUGGGCUUGGCUAUGGUCCUGGCGCAGUAAAACCAUCUAAAAGCUAUGGAGGAGCUGGAACAUUGGGUGGGGCUGGAAGAGGAGGCAUUGGUGGAGGUCCUGGAGGACUUGGUGGUGGUCUAGGAGUAGGACCAGGAGGUGCUGGAGGCAUUGGUGGUGGUCUAGGAGUAGGACCAGGAGGUACUGGAGGUCCUGGAGGAGUUGGAGGACUGGGUGGAGGUGCCAGAUAUCCAGGUGGUGGCCUGGGAGCUGGAGCUGGGAAACCUGGGAAAUCAGGGUAUGGAGGUUUGGGUGCAGCUGGAGGCAUGGGAGGUGUUGGAAGCCCACUAGGAACCGGUGGAGGCUUUGGCACAGGUGCACUGGGUGGUCAGGGCUAUCAGCCAGGUUAUGGUGGCACUGGUGCAGGGGGACCUGGAACUGCUCCACUUACACCUCAGCAAUCAAAAGCAGCCAAAUAUGCAGCUCUUCAAGGCUUUCUAGGCGCAGGAGGCUACAGAGGGGCCGCAGGAUGCCAAGGCAAAUACUGCGGAAGGAGGAGGAAGUGAGAAACCAGCUGAUAAAAGUGACCUCAUAAACAAGUGGUGCUACUGCCUGAUCUCAAAUGCACUUUUUUUUACAGUUUAAAAGUGCCUCAUGUAAUAUGUGAGAGAUUUGGACUAGAUUGUAUGAUUAGAUGUGAUGUGAACCUCACUUAAGGCACUCUUUGCACUGCCUAUACUCCCUUUACUAUACUUAUGUCACUAUACAUUUUCUACAAGUGUCACAUGAUUGCUUGGUUUUUUAAAAACAUUUUAUU